AUGUGGUGUUUACUGAGAACAAUUUGCCUUGUCCAUAUAUUUGGAAGUAUAUUUUGCUCAAUAUUCGAGCCAGUACCCAGGAAUCCUGAAGCCAACAUGAAUAUUAAUGAGAUAAUUUCCUACUGGGGUUAUGAAUACGAAGAGUAUGAGGUUGUGACUGAAGAUGGUUAUAUCCUCCCAAUUUACAGAAUUCCACAUGGGAAGAACAAGUCUAGUCAUUUGGUUCCAAAGCCAGUCGUGUACCUGCAGCAUGGGUGGACUGUAUCUGCUUCCAUUUGGCUUGCAAAUCCUCCCAACAGCAGCCUGGGCUUCAUUCUGGCUGAUGCCGGUUUUGAUGUGUGGAUGGGGAACAGCAGAGGCAACACCUAUGCCAGGAAACAUGUGUACCUAGACCCACAUUCUAAACAAUUCUGGGCUUUUAGUUAUGAUCAACACAUAAAAUAUGAUCUUCCUGCCACCAUUGACUUCAUUGUGAAGAAAACAGAACAGAAACAAAUUUACUAUGUUGGCCAUUCCCAAGGCACGCUUAUCGCCUUUGGGGCAUUUUCAACAAAUCCACAAUUGGCUCAGAAGAUCAAACUCAGUUUUUUACUGGCUCCAGUUGCAACUGUUAAGUAUGUGUCAGGGCCCAUCCGUGCCAUCACAUCCUUGGGAACAACUUUGACCAAGGUCCUCUUCGGUGAAAAAGAUGUAUUUUCCAGUUCAGAUGCUAAAUAUUUUGUGGAAUUUUUGUGUCAGCGUGAGACUGCUGGAGCAGCAUGCAAUGAUGUACUCACUUUGCUAUUUGGGUAUGACCCCAAAAAUUUAAAUGAGAGUCGUUUGGAUGUGUAUGCGGGACAGGCUCCUGCAGGAACUUCAGUUCAAACCCUGCUUCAUUAUGCUCAGGGAGUGAGAACAGGCGUAUUCCAAGCUUAUGACUGGGGAAGUCCAUUUCUGAAUAUGCUGCACUACAAUCAGCGCACGCCCCCACCUUAUAAGGUAAACGACAUGAAGGUUCCAACGGCCAUGUGGAGUGGUGGAAAAGAUAUUCUGGCUGAUCCAAUAGAUGUUAGACAUUUAGAAGCCAAUAUCUCCAAUCUCAUUUACUAUAAGAAGAUUGCUGACUAUAAUCAUAUGGAUUUUGUGAUAGGUUUAAAUGCCCGCGAUAAAGUUUUUGAUGAAAUUGUUGCAUUCAUCAAUGAAGAUCUAUCAAGUUGA